AUGUCUGAGACCACGAAAACCGCCGCUGCGGAGGACAAGGAGAAGGCGGCCCCAGCGCCGGCUCCGUCCUCCGACCCCGCGCCCAUCACCAACAGCAAGGGCGAAGAGCCCGCCGCAGAAGCUUUCCGGAUCAUCGUCUUCGAGCAGGAGAACUUCCAGGGCAGGCAGAUGGAGUUCACCGCCGAGUGCCUGAACCUGGCCGACUGCGGCUUCGACCGGGUGCGCAGCGUCAUUGUCAGCUCCGGACCCUGGGUGGCCUACGAGCAAGCCAACAUGCGCGGGGAGAUGUUCGUCCUGGAGAAGGGCGAGUACCCUCGCUGGGACACCUGGUCCAGCAGCUACCGGAGCGACUGCUUCAUGUCCAUGCGUCCCAUCAGGAUGGAGGCUGAGGACCACAAAAUCUCCCUGUACGAGUCUGCCGACUUCAAGGGCAACAAGAUGGACAUCCAGGCGGACGACGUGCCCAGCCUCUGGGCUUACGGCUUCUGCGACCGCGUGGGCAGCGUGAAGGUGCCCAGUGGAACCUGGGUCGGGUACCAGUACCCGGGGUACCGAGGCUACCAGUACCUCUUUGAGAGCGGGGACUUCAGGCACUGGAACGAGUGGGGCGCCUUCCAGCCGCAGCUGCAGUCCAUCCGCCGCGUCAGGGACGUGCAGUGGGAGCAGAGGGGCGCCCGCCCCGGCCCCAACGCCCCCCCCUGCGACUGA